AUGAGACGCAAUUACACGCUGCAUUCCUCGAGACGCCGGGUCAACAGCAUCAUUGAUGACAACAUUUCUCUCCACGCACCGGUCCGAUCAACCAAUCUCGCCCGGGCGGAGUCGACCCGUUGGCUCUCCCUUGAGCCAUCACAGGAUCUGAAGGGAAGCCGAUCUUCAGGCACUGGCCGCUGGAACGCAACGGCCUCAGCGUCUUUGGUCUGCUUGUCCUUUUUGUGUUAUAUCAGCGCUCCCAUCGGCUGGCAUGGAUACAGCACCCAGUCCGCGCCCUCCGUUUGCUACGCCCAUCGGGAGGACGAGAGUCUAGCGGCGCGCUGGAAACCGUCGGCCAGCGCCAACGUCCAAGUGGCAGUGAAUAACAUGGCGCCGUCGAGUGUGAGACGAUCCCUCAUGGCGCCCCGGUGCCAGCAGGUCCCCCAUCAACGGAUCCGUAGGACAGCAGCUGUGUACUGUUCAAGAUGGCUGCCCAAGGCACCGGUAUUCGCGGAGAAGCACAAUGUUGGGGCGCCACCGCACCAAUCCGUCCGCUAA